AUGCUGAAAUAUCAUUUACCUCAUUGCUUGAGUGGUUUUAUGCUUCUGGAUAAGGAGCUCCAUGAAAAUGUUAGCACUGCCUACCUGAUCCAUUUUUUUAUUCUGAUUAGUUUGGCUUUAGUCGGAGUAAUUGCGGAUACUAUCUUUGUAUUUGAACUCAUCCGAGACAAUAAUCGAUAUCUUGAGAUUUUAACCCUUUUAAAUCAAUCCAAUGUCCUACAACCCUUUGAUAAAUCUCUUACCUGCAAUCAGACCAUCAACUACCAGACUUUCCAUGAUGAUUAUUUGAGUUAUAAUUAUUCCACUAUCAUUUAUUUAAUCCUUUAUACGCUAGGAUUAGUGGUUGCGUUUGUUUUUAUUUGCAACAUCAUCUUGUGGACAGUCUUGAAAUAUCAUAAACAAACACCGUUACUAUUUCGCUAUGUUAAUAGCUUGGCAGCAUUUGUGUUAGCCUUCCAUCAGAAUAUACCACAAGUGAUAUUUUUAUUCGCCAUUAUUGGCUUACGCCAUAGUCCACAAGGUUUAUAUUGUGCUGAGUGCUUAUUAACAAGGCAAUGUGUUCAAUCCGAUGCUUCUAUCCUGACGAGAAGUUAUGGAGGUACUGCGCGCUUUCUAUCCAUCAUGAUUUAUGCAAUCUAUUACGGAGCCAUAGAAUUAAAUAGUCAUGUUGGUAAAACCAAAAGCGAAUCUUCGGAUAAAACCAUUUUCCAAGAAAGUUCAGUUUCGAAACAUUGGCUUACUGUACAGCAGAAAUUUUAUUACCUACCAGUAGCAAUUAUUUAUACCUUGGCCUAUAUCUUACAUAAAAUUUUGCAUUUCCCCGUGGCGGAAUUUGAAUCCAAUGGGCGUUGUCCACAUGGCCUCGAAUUCCUUCGUGGAUCAUUUUGGGCAUCUUUUACUGCUACUGGAACCGCAAUACUUGCUAUUAAAGCCAAUCUAGAAAAUUUAGCAGGUUCUUUAUUUCCAGUAGAAGAUUUAGGCAAGAUGGAAACGAUCACAACGGUGAUCAUCAUCAUUCUUGCAUACUUUAUUACUAUUGCUAUCAUUACGGUAGUUAUGGUUAUCAAAUCUCAAAUGAAAUCAGGACAGACUUACUUUACUGCAGCAAUGAUUCUGUUGCUGUUUUUCCUAACUGCCCCAUUAUUGCUGAUUAUGGCCAUAGUUCAUCUACUUAAAGAGCUGAUAGGAAAAUAUUAG